AUGGGAAUCCGUCUUGCAUGGGCAGAUAAUGGACCAAAAAAUGGUCUCGAGUGGGCCCCUCCGGUUCGAGUGGUGGCUGUGGUUACACUAAUUGCUUCAACACUUGAUGUUCUAGCAGAUUUGCUAGUAUGUAACAGGAUAGCCGAGUUUUUGGGGAACUUUCAAAGCAAAAUUGCCAUAUAUGCAGCAUAUGGAUACUUUAUUUUCACAGCGAUCAGUCUAAUUGUCUAUCUUUUCGAAAUGAUAGAUGUUUGCAAAACGCUGAAAUACGACGAGGAGAAUGUCUUUUAUGCAAGACUGGCAAAGAGCAUGGUCGUUGCCCUCGAAGAGGUUCCACUGCCAGCAUUGAUGAAUAUUCUUUUCACCCAUGAGCCUCGGUUGUCUCUAGCGUCGCCAGUUUAUUUUUCCUCCUGGAUAAAAUUGGUUGCUCUUUCAUGGGGAAUCGUCAAAUUCACGAAACUUCGGUUCUUCUGGCCUUGCUUGCCGCUGAAUCCAAAACACGAUCUUACUGAAAACGUUCGAAGAUGUUUUACGUUCACCUUGUACAGAAUUGCGAUGAUCAUUGUUAACAUUUGCCACAUCCUCGCAAUUGUAAUUGUGAUUGCAAAUCUGAUUGCAAGCAGCUCCGGUGGUCGCCAAAUUUACGAAAAGGAUCAAUAA